ACAUGAUGCUGCGGAAGAUCGCGGUGGCGGCGGCGGCCAAGCCGGCGGUGGAGAUCCGGCAGGACGGCGAGAGCUUCUACAUCCGCACCUCGACCCCCGUGCGCACCACCGAGAUCCGCUUCAGGGUGGGCGAGGAGUUCGAGGAGCAGACGGUGGACGGGCGGCCCUGCAAGAGCUUGGCCAGGUGGGAGAGCGAGAACAAGAUGGUGUGUGAGCAGCGGCUGCUCAAGGGCGACGGGCCCAAGACGGGCUGGUCCCGGGAGAUGACCAACGACGGGGAGCUCAUCCUGACCAUGACGGCUGACGACGUUGUCUGCACCAGGGUCUACGUUCGGGAGUGACCCCCGCCCUGCUCUGCUAAUCCCCCCCACCCCGCCCCCACCCAGCCCCUCUGUCCCCUACCCCCCCGUGUCCCUUCAGUCCCCUCCACUCACCCCCCCACCCACUGGGAGGGGGAACCUCAGCCCAACCCCGUUUUUUGGAGGGACACACACGGCUUUCCUCCCCCCUCCACAGGGCGGGGGCUCUCCGGGAGCAGGAGAAUCUCCUGUUCUGGCCCCGCUCUGCAGCGGCCGGAGCGCCCGGAGCCUGGCGAGGUGCCGGGGCACGGCGGGGGGUAAAUGCGGCCCCUCCCUGGCCUUUGGGCUGCUUUGAACUGCUUCGGGUUCGGGUUGCUGUUGGUUCCCGCAGCCCCCAGCCCUGCCCCGCGCCCCCUCCCCAGUAUUUAUUUGUGAAUAUGGUACCAGACGGGAACACCAAACCCCCCCAGUUGGGGCAGUGCCAGGUCCGAGCCCCCCCCGGGUCCAAAACCCCCCCGGCGUCA